CCAGGUCCACCCCUGGACUCGGCCUUCCAUCAAAAGUUGGAGACAGAUACUCUGCUGACUAAGUUGUGCGGGCAGGAUCGACUCCUGAGAAGCCUCCAGGAGGACAUCGACCAGCGGCAGGAGGAGAAGGAGCAGCUGGAGGCCGCGUUGGAGCUGACCAGGCAGCAGCUAAGCCAGGCAACCAGGGACGCAGCAGCACCGGGUAGGGCCUGGGGCCGCCAGCGCCUCCUGCAGGACCGGCUGGUCAGUGUGAGGGCCGCCCUCUGUCACCUGGCCCAGGAGCGAGAGCGGGUUUGGGAUACUUACAGCGGCUUGGAGCAGGAACUAGGGACCCUGAGAGAAACUCUGGAGUAUCUGCUGCAUCUCGGGUCCCCCCAG